AUGAGUAACGAAGAGUAUUUUGUUCCAGUCCCAGAGUAUUGGUUGGGGCCUGGGGGCCCGGUGUUUGUUGCUGGGCUUGUAAGUUGUAAGAUACUAAGAUGCUUCUUAGCUUUCAAAAUUCAAAAAAAACACGGAGCUGGAGAAAAAGACCGUUGGGGUGAUAUAUUUGGUUUUGUUUGGAGCAGACAACAAUGAAGACGAAUGAAUGAAUGAAUUAUGAGCAACACCAAAGCUCUUUGAAUACCAAAGUCUGGCUAUCUCCUAUCUGAAUUGGUUACUGUAAUUCUACUCUUUAGCUAUUGUAAGCCAGCAAAGGCGUACGAAUGAACGCCAGGCGCCAUGGUUGGCAGCGUCCUCUUCACCCUUUACAGAUGGUGGGAAUGGCAGUCUACACUUUCCUGUUGGCUUCUUUCUAUUGCUUUCUGGGGCCGUUUCUUGGCAACCGUAUCGCUCAAAUUGUAGUCAUAACAAUCUUUUCCUCGCUGGCACUCUCAGUUAUGCUUGUAUUUAUUAGAUGCACAGCAACUGAUCCGUCCGCCAAAAAUAGACAUAAUAAUAAUAAUAAUACUCAAAAGGGAAGAAGGAAGCUCAAGAAGAGUAAGACUAAUAAAGUUUUAAAUUAUGGUUUCAUAUUCAGACACAUGGUUAGGAGGUUGGAGCGUAAAAUCCUCAACACUUGUAUUAGGAGGAAGUACCUGCUAGAUACUCAUACUCCCAUUUCUCACCCCCCCUUGCUACCUUUACCUCUUGUAACCAAAGACGAUGAUGAUUCUGUUUCACCUCACCUUCAUCCUAGUCAUAAACAUCAAGAUUUCUCCUUUUGCUCCUUGUGCAACUUCCAUGUUACAAAACAUAGCAAACACUGCAGGACUUGUAAUCGCUGCGUUGAAGGCUUCGAUCAUCAUUGCCGGUGGCUCAACAAUUGUGUGGGGAAAAAGAAUUACACUACUUUUAUCCUUCUUAUGAUAUUAGUCCUCUUGAUGCUUUCCAUUCAAGGAGGAACAGCUAUUGCCAUAUUUGUGCGCUGCUUCGCUGAUAAGAAAAAUCUGGAUCAGGAAUUAGCAAGGGAACUUCACACCAACUUUCCUAGGGGAAUUCUUGCUGCUAUAUCUGCUGUGUUGGUUUUGAUGACAGCCUAUGGUUCAGCAGCACUUGGCCAACUCUUUUUCUUUCAUGUAGUCCUCAUUCGCAAGGGAAUGAGAACAUAUGAUUACAUAUUGGCUAUGAGAGAGGAAAAUCAGUUUAGUGGAUUGGAGCCUUUAAAUGAUUCAGAUUUCUCGUCAGAUGAUAGCAGUGAACCUGCUUCACCCAAAAGACCAAUUGUCAUGUCUCAGUUUAUGCGAACAAAUCUGAGCCCUGGACGAUUUUCUGUGAAAAUUGACCCUGAACUUGGCACCUCCAUCAUGAACCAGAACUCACACUUCCAUGCCAGCAUUGAUCCAUGGAAGCUGAUACAGAUGAGUAAAGAAAAAGCCUUGAAAGCUGCAGAAAAGGCCAAGGAGAAGCAAAUGGUUGAACCUGAAUUACUUAAUCCGCUUCCUUUUGAGAUGAAAAAAGGGCCACUGGGGAAGCCAGAAAGAGACCUGGACAGCACUGGAAUGAGAAUGGCACCUCUCAAGUCAAAAGAAAGGCAUCCAGGUUCACCAGUGAGAUUCUCAAGUCCAAGAAGACGAUUUUCUGGCUCUCCAGCUACUCUAUCCAAUGCAGGUGCACUGCCAAAUCAGAAAUACAAAAGUGAUUUUGACUUGAAAUUAACCGAAGUGUCGAGGGAGUUGGAGGGUUAUACAUCGAAGCAGGUUCUAUGUCCUAUUUUAAAAGACGGGGCAGAGACUUCCCCCAGAUAGGCAGAUAUAGUACUGGCAGUGAUACUUGUAUUCUCAGUCUCUGAGAACUCUUUCAUAACUUUAUAGAACUGAUGAUUUGUUAAUCAAAUGCAAUUUAUACAGUGGAUCCAUAGUUUGGUCCCAACUUAUUCA